UUCAAAGAAACCGGAAACUCUUUGUUGAGGAAGAAGUAGUUAGCAAGCUAGCUACCAUCAAGGAAUUCAUUUUUAAAGUUUCAUAUUCGUCGUUAUUUGGACGAAAGUCUCUCCAAAUCUCAACAAUGUCGGGAUCAUCCAACAUCGUAGCGAUGAAGAAAAUCGUCCAACAGUUACGCCUUGAGGCCGGCAUUAACAGAGUCAAGGUGUCCCAGGCCGCCGCGGACCUGCAGCAGUUCUGCCUUCAGAACGCCCAGCAGGAUCCUCUGCUGACCGGCAUGUCGUCCAGCAACAACCCGUUCAGACCACAGAAAGUCUGCUCCUUCCUAUAGCACCCACAGACCGACACUCUGCCUCGGUUUUGGACAUUGUGGUGCCUUGUGGAACUGGGCUGCAGGAUCCUGCAUCAUGGACUGGAAUUGUCUCAGGAGUGUUAGGGAAUUUCGGGACAAACAACUAACUUAAGUGUUUUUUUCUCCUUAAUUUUGCCUUUGUAAAAUCUCAUAAGGAAACAUUUCCAGGUGCUUAGGUGGCACGAUAGAUGUCUUAACCUACUGGCUUUAAAGUAACUUACUCUAUCAACACACACACACACACACGUGCCUUUUGAAUUGUACAUUUUUUC